AUGGGCACGAUAGACAUCCCUGAUGAGAUCCAGUCCGCUUUACAAUCGCUGCCAGCUUGCCACCGAUGCCACCGCCUGCGGAAGAAGUGCGACUCACAGCUCCCUGCCUGCAGACUGUGCGAAAAAGCCAAAGUUGAAUGCUCGGUCUACGACCAUAUCCUUCAGCGCUCGGUCCCUAGAAAAUACAUCCGGUCCCUUGUAUCGCGACUAGACGGUCUGAAAGAGGUGCACACGAGCUUGAUACCUCCAGCGAAACUCGUCGAGCCGGACAAGGGCAACACCGGGUGCCCAGCGCUGGCAUCCCAGGGUUCAACUAGCGCCAGCUCAUCCAUUCGGGAAACCUUCCUGCCUGCAGGAUCGGAGACCAAUUCGGACUAUCUCUUCACCUUACCUACCGCUUCUGGGACGAUGUCACGGUUCUACGGGUCCAGCUCGAUCUUCAGUCUCACGGUCGAAGUUCUGACAGAAGCGCGCGCAAGAUCUCUGUACACUCCAUCCCCAGCGCUGGAAUCGGUCUCCCCCACGGAUGAGAGUUUCGGCGCGUUGACAGAUUUCCACGGACUGUCAGCAGAUAGAAACUUGAAAAAAAUGGUCCCAUCGCUUCUCACUUGGUAUUUGUCGUCGAUAGGCGUCGUCUACCCGUUUGUGGAUCAAGAGCUCCUGAAGAUAGACAUGACUGCAUAUUUUGAGCUCCGGUCAUGCCCUGGCUUUGACGCGGGGAAACUGCAAGGCAAACCCGCAUACCAAUACUUUCGAGUGACGAUAAUGUGUGCCAUCGCUUGUGCGAGCAAAAUGAGACAUCAACGCAGUUUGCUGGCGCACGCCGAUGCCUUCUACCACGAGGCCCUCAAGCUAGUGGAAGCCGUGACGUACGAGGUGUCGGUGGACUCGCUGGAGGCGCUGCUCUUCCUCGGAAUUUACUGCUUGUUCUUCCCUCGCAAAGGAAACAUCUGGAAGCUGCUCGAUUUCGCCUGCCGAUUAAGCAUCCAACUGAACUAUCAUGUGGAGAAUCACGCCAGCCUGGAGCUUGGCCGGGAGGGCGUGGCGCGCCGGGACAUUUUCUGGACCCUGUACUCGAUCGAGCGGCUUCUCGGACAGUAUUAUGGUCGGCCGUCAGACCUGCCUGGAUCUAUCAUCUCGACAGCGCAUCCCAGCACGUUUCCGUCCCAUGAUCUGAACCAAGGCGACAAUGACGCGGCAAUCCAGACCUUUUGCGCCCGGCAUGUCUCCCGACUCAUGUACUUGCGUGGGGAGCUUUACACCGACAUGUACCUGCGGCCAGAUCUUCGAGGACCGAUCCGCAGCCUGGAUUGGUUCAUCAAUAAGUACUUUGAGCUGCACCAAUGGUUUCAGGAGGUGGAGCCAUUCAAGCACAGCGUCGGAUGUGGCACCCUUACGUGCAGCGUUGCUUUCCACUCUGCCGUCGUCUUUCUCUUCCAACCUUUGAUCCUGAGGGCACUCUCAGGGCCGAGCAGUGGCGUCAGCACCGAGGGUGUGGAGUCUGAACCCGUUCCGUCCGAGAGCUUCUAUUCUGCCUGUGAACUGAUCCGUAUACACGACAGCAUCCUGCGAGCCCCAGAGAAUUCCAACCUGGGCACUUAUCCCUUGACCUUUCUGUCAGCGUAUUCGAUAUGGUCGGCCGCCAUGACACUAAUGGCUCAUGCUUUGUUGACCCUUGAUGGGCGUGUGGAAACCCUAUGCCACUUGUCGGAUGUUUUUACCUCUGUCCGGACGGAGAAGCUCCCGUACGGGAGCAACGACAUCUUUGGACUAUCUAGCAUGUGCUUGGUUCUCCUCGGAUGGUGUGGAGAGCAGUGGCCGGGUAUGGCGGGAAUGACAGAUGCUUACCGGAGACUUUCGCAGCAAGUUCUGCCGCUGUUGCUGCAGAACGGGCACGUUUAG